AUGGAAAAUCUUUUGAUCGAACUUGCUACAAGGACUACAGUUUUAGUUUGGACUGAAACAAUUUUGUUUGCGGUUAUCAAUGUAUUGGCUUUCUUUGGCAAUCUUCUCACAUGUUAUGCCGUGUACAGAAACUACAGGCUCCGUACGCCUCCAAAUAUGUUCGUCGUAGCACUGGCUGUGAGUGAUAUUCUGAUGUCCACCUGCUGCAUGCCUUUUACAGUUACAACUCUCUUUAUCGGCCGUUGGGAGUUUGGUGAAACUAUCUGCCAUCUUCAGGGGUUUGGAGCUUACACAUUUGCGAUUGUUUCGCUCUGUACCAUGGGAAUAAUUGCAGUGAGUCGAUAUUUCUGUAUUGUUAAACCUGGGAAGUACCAAGUGCUGUUUACGAAGCGAAAAAUUUUGAUCUACAUUAUUAUUGUAUGGUGCGCAGCUUUGCCAGGUUCUGCGCCGCCAUUUUUCAUCGAAGACGGCAGAUAUAAGUUCCAUGCGGGCGAAGCAAUAUGUUUGAGUAGGGAUAACAUUACAUUUUUGAGCCUAACCUACUGUAUUUACAUUAUCACUCCGUUUACGGUCAUUGUCGUCUGCUACAUCAAAGUUUGCCGUGCUGUUUCCAGAUCAAAUCGUGUUUUCCCGCAGAAAAAUUGCCUCCUGAACUGCCGGGUAAAUGUAAAAGAAGCAAAAGUGACAAAGACUUUGAUAGCAAUUCUGUUCGCCUUCUUAUGUUGUUGGCUUCCAGUUUAUGUCAUGAAUUUUGUUCAAAUUCAUCAUGGGGAAUACUCUUUACGGCGACAAUGGUAUAUUGCAGUCGGGUUUUUGUUGUAUUUGAGUAGCUCUAUCAACCCCUUCAUAUACGGUAUCAUGAAUAGACAGUUUAGACGAGAGUGCAGAAAUAUUGUGCGUAACGUUCUUCGCUUAAAAAAAUCAAAAUAAUAACGGCUAAGGUAUCGAUUGUUAUUUAUCCCCUGUGGGGAGGGGGCUAGAGGGUUUUGGUUGUGUCAUCAUAAAAAUUUAUCUGAUGCCCCCAUGAGGCCUCUUAUGACACUGGUCCCUCAGACUACAUAGCCGGUAGUCUCGUAACCAGACCUUUCACGACCAAGCGGUCGUAAGUUUUGCAUUUCAGUGACAUUUGCACGGUAGGAUCUGGGUACGAGAUUCACAUAGCUGGAUAGUGCGAUAACAAAUAUACGGUUUUCACUGUGAAUAAAGAAAAAAUUAUCAAUUUACUUUAUUUUAAUGUAGUAAAGAC